GAUUGCAGGGGUACAACAAUAAAUCGAAGCUAUCGCUUUAAAUCUUCAAUCUCUGGUAGAGCAGAGAUCAUAAACUGUCAGUGAGAGCAGCGUGGGAAAUCGCACAGUAUCUCAUUUGGGAUUUUCUGUAAUUCAGAACCCUUUACAGUCGGUUGCUCAUAAUUAUUUAUUACACACCAUUCUGUCUACAUAGAUAGGUCUUUCACAAGCACUUAAUAUUGUUUACCAAAGAAAUGGUGAUGGAGAAGCCAAGUCCCCUGCUUGUAGGGCGGGAGUUUGUGAGGCAGUAUUACACACUCUUAAACAAGGCACCAGAUUUUCUGCACAGGUUUUACGGGAGGAAUUCUUCCUACGUUCAUGGAGGACUCGACCCAAGUGGAAAGUUGGCAGAAGCAGUGUAUGGGCAAGCGGAAAUCCACAAGAAGGUCAUGUCGCUGCAGUUUAGUGAAUGCCACACAAAGAUCAGGCACGUGGAUGCUCAUGCCACACUGAGCGAUGGAGUGGUGGUACAAGUCCUCGGAGAACUGUCGAACAAUGGUCAACCCAUGAGGAAGUUCAUGCAAACGUUUGUGCUUGCUCCCGAGGGUUCAGUGGCGAACAAGUUCUACGUCCACAAUGACAUCUUCUGUUAUGAGGAUGAGGUUUUUGGAGACUCCGAAGCUGAGCUUGAUGAGGAAUCGGAGGAGGAGGUUGAAGAGGAGCCAGAGGAGAGGCCGACUUCCCCUGAGCCACUUCAGGAAAGCCCAAACAGCAGCACCUAUUAUGAACCUCACCCCGUCAGCAACGGAGUUGAAGAGCCCAUGGAAGAACCAGCUCCAGAGCCGGAGCCGGAACCCGAACCAGAGCCCAAGGUAGAGGAGACGAAGCCCGAGGUCGAGGAGAAGGUUCUUGAAGAGAUGGAGGAGAAGGCACCCUCACCAGUCCCUGUGGAGUCUCCACCAAACACCCUGGAGCCUCCCAAGCCUUUCUCCUGGGCCUUGGUGACCAGUAAAAACCUGCCUCCUUCUGGCACAGUCACCUCUUCUGGAAUCUCACCCCAUGUUGUUAAGGCUCCAAGCUCACAGCCCAGAGCCGAUGCAAAGCCGGAGACACAGACGGCACCUCUUCGCCCCAGAGACCAGCGCACUCGCGACAGACCAACCUUCACUCCACGGGGUCCCAGAUCUGAUGGCGUUGCAUCUUCAGACUCUCAAACAGGAAAACAGCACUUGAGUUUUGUGAACAAAGGUAGCAGGGGCGAUUCAGAGUCUGGUGACACGGAUAGCAGGCGAAUUGUUCGGUACCCUGACAGCCACCAGCUUUUUGUUGGCAAUCUUCCACAUGACAUUGAUGAAAACGAGCUCAAAGAGUUUUUUAUGACAUAUGGAACUGUGGUGGAACUGCGAAUCAACACCAAGGGCGUUGGUGGGAAGUUGCCUAACUUUGGAUUUGUUGUCUUUGACGAUUCGGAGCCUGUGCAGAGAAUCCUGGGGGCCAAGGUAGAAGGGCCCAUCAUGUUUCGAGGCGAGGUGCGUCUGAACGUGGAGGAGAAGAAGACGAGAGCAGUGCGUGAACGAGAGACCCGUGGGGGAGACGAACGUCGGGACAUGAGGCGCAACGAUCGGGGUGCCGGAGGUUCACGAGGCGUCGUGGGAAGCGGGAUGAUGCGUGAUGGAAGGGGACCGCCGCCUCGUGGUAGCAUGGCCCCCAAACCCGGCAUGGGCUCUGGAAGGGGCUCCAGUGGCCAGGGAGAGGGCCGCUUCACGACCCCUCGUCGCUGAAAAGAGCGCCCCUCCUCCCUUCAAGUGUGGAAGUAGUAUCGUGUUCUUCAUCUUCAACCGUUCUCGUUAACGAAAAGAAAUCUUCAUGUAUAAAAGUAUAUAUUUGUU